GAACUUGGAGGUGAGAGAUCGUAUACACACAUCACCCGCUGAAAGUUCAAGACCCUCAAGACGUCCACAAAAUGGGAGCAUAUAAGUACAUCGGCGAGUUGUACAAGAAGAAGCAGUCGGAUGUUCUCCGUUUCCUCCUCCGUGUUCGCUGCUGGGAGUACCGCCAACUCAACGUCAUUCACCGUGCUUCUCGCCCCUCUCGUCCGGACAAGGCCCGCCGGCUGGGCUACAAAGCCAAGCAGGGCUACGUGAUCUAUCGUGUACGCGUUCGCAGGGGUAACCGCAAAAAGCAUGUUCCCAAGGGUGCUACCUACGGCAAGCCCGUUCACCAGGGUGUGAACCACCUGAAAUUCCAGCGUGGUCUGAGGAGUACCGCCGAGGAGCGUGUUGGCAAGCGUUGUGCUAACUUGCGGGUUUUGAACUCGUACUGGAUCAACCAGGACGGUGUUUACAAGUACUACGAGGUCAUCCUCGUUGAUCCUAACCACAAGGCUAUUCGCCGCGAUCCUAAAAUCAACUGGAUCACCGCACCUGUCCACAAACGCCGCGAGGCCCGUGGCCUUACGAGCAUCGGCAAGCAAAACCGUGGUCUUGGCAAAGGACACCGGUACAACCACACGCCUCGUGUGGCUACCUGGAAAAAGCACAACACUCUCAGCCUUCGUCGCUACCGGUGA